AUGACCGCCGAGCCUGGCCAAGCAGAAAAGUCGCCCGUUGCGGUGCUAACGCAGGGAGGUAGCAACAGCCUCAAGGGUGGAGAUGGAGAUGGAGAUGGAGAUGCUGCUGCUGUUGUCCCCGUUGGUGUUGCCGAUGAAAGGAUCAAGAAGCGCCAGUCGCUGUCCGAUGUCUUUACCAUUAUCGCAGCCGGUGCUGCUCUCAUUUCAGAUGGAUAUCAAAACAACCUCAUGACAAUGAGCAACGUACUCUUUAAAAAAGAGUAUCCUGCGCAGUAUACAUCUGUCGUCAGCACUCGCGUAUCCAAUUCUUUGCUCGUUGGGGCUAUUCUGGGGCAAGUGACCAUCGGCCUGACGUGCGACUAUCUUGGGCGAAAGACGGCAAUCAUACUCACCACGAUGUUGAUCGUCGUUGGCGGUAUCUUGGCAACUGCUGCUCACGGAACUACCAUUGACGGCAUGUUUUGGAUGCUCUUGGUGGCACGAGGCAUUGUUGGGUUUGGCGUUGGCGGCGAGUAUCCGGCUGCAAGCACAUCGGCCUCCGAAGCCGCCAACGAAAGAGUCCUGGACAAACGCGGCCCAAUCUUCAUCCUUGUCACGAACCUACCUCUCAGCUUCGGAGGUCCCCUGGCCGUAUCCAUCUUUCUGAUUGUUCUCUCAGCCGCAGGAGAAAAUCAUCUGUCGACAGUAUGGCGAGUGUGCUUCGGUAUUGGUAUCCUGCUUCCGCUGUCUGUCUUCUACUUCCGAAUCAAGAUGCUCACGUCCAAGCUAUACCGCAAGAGUGCUAUCCGGCGCCAUGUACCCUACGGCCUUGCUCUCCGUUACUACUGGAAGACGCUGAUUGGUACUUGUGGCGCCUGGUUCCUGUAUGAUUUUGUCACUUUCCCCAAUGGAGUCUUCUCUGGCACCAUCAUCUCGUCCGUGGUGGACACGCAUGGAGACACGCUACGAAGCACGGCAGAGUGGCAGCUCUUGCUGGGGGCCAUUGCUCUGCCCGGUGUCUUUUUCGGGGCCAUUUUGUGUGACCGAGUAGGAAGGAAGAACAUCAUGAUGCUUGGCUUCUCUGGCUAUCUCGUCUUUGGCCUCAUCAUCGGCUGUGCCUACGAUAAAAUCACUAAAAUCAUUCCUCUCUUUGUGGUUUUUUACGGCCUAAUGCAGAGCUCGGGUAACUUCGGUCCUGGCGAUAUGCUCGGGCUUUUGUCAUCGGAAUCGUACGCAACAAGCGUAAGAGGAACGUUUUAUGGCCUCAGUGCGGCUUUGGGCAAGACUGGUGCCGCCGUGGGAACACAGGCCUUUACUCCUAUCCAAAACAACUUGGGCAAGCGGUGGACCUUUAUCAUCGCCGCCAUCUGUGGCGUGGUGGGGGUCUUGGUCACCUACUUCUUUGUGCCUAAUGUCACUGGCGAAGAUCUUGCCGUUCAAGACGAAAAGUUCAAGGCUUAUCUGCUUGAGCAUGGGUGGGAUGGCGAGAUGGGCAUGAAUGACGAGAAACAUGUAGCGGCUGUGGAGGAAGACGAGGAAGUGGCCUCUUCCUCACUCCACGUCGGCGAAAAAGGCGUCAGGGUAUAG